UGGACGAGAGGCUGAGAAGAAACUUCGUGACGUAUUUUCGCUCUAUUUCCUGUGUUGUGAGCUAAACUCAUCCGGGGCAUUCUGGAUUUUUAUUAAAAAGUUAAUGCUCGUUUAGUGGACUUGUUUUGUAUAAUUUUUGGGGAGUGGGUGUAAGGGUUAGUUCACCGUAGAUACGGUGACUGUGGGGGUGGGGACGGGAGUGUGUGCACAACAAGAGGAACAUGAAAGAGAAAAUAAGACGCUCUGAAGGUAGUAAAGUUUCAUGGAAACCGUAAGGCAAUCUUAAAAGAAAGGGGGCAGUCACCUGAACAAGGUAUUAUACAUAGUAAUUUGCAGGAUUCCAGAAGGAAGGUGACAGUCCCACCCCUGUGAUAUACAGUUGGAAAAGGAAUGGGUGAAUAAAUACGUAACAAAAUUAAAGUUGUUAUGAAGUGAAAAUUAAGUUUAGUCUUGGGAACAUGUAGCAACUUGAUACAAUUAUGUUCAGAAACACAUCUAAUGAAACAUGAGCUACAGAAAAGUCGAAUGUGGGUGACAAAUACUGAAUAACCAAGCCAUUAACAAAUAGUUAACUACGGUGAAAUGAAGAGGCUUUUGAAACAUUCGAUCAGAUAAAUAAAAGUGCGUGGUUGGGAAGUGGGGCGCCUGUAGGGCAACGGGAGGGAUAGAAGGGGAGCCCGUCAAGGGUGGCGUUUCACUUAUUGGUUGUCAUGGGGAGAAAGAAGAAGACGCUACAUGAUUAUGCUGCAGAAUUCAGCGAUCUAGCAGUUAAACGCCAUGUAAUAGAGCAUAAAGAAUCUGGGGAGAGUGCCGUGGUGGAGACCCUCUACUGCAAGUCUUGUGAGAUUCCUAUGAGGGUGAGGAGGGAUCGUAUUUUAGAACAUCUGGCAUCGGGAAGGCAUUAUCGCAAUAACACGCUAGUAAAACACCAUGGUGGGGCCCGUGUUCCGUUGCUUCUAUCUUCUGCCUCAGAGCUUGGUGUUGGUCUGCCUAGCAGCAGAUUGGAUGCCUCACCUUUUGUCUCCCAGCCUUCCCAGUUUGUCUUACCAGCUUCUGCCUCUAUUUCAAGCAGCAGUAAUACUAGUUGCAGCUUGCAGUCUCCAUCCUCCUCCUAUCAUCAGCCUUUUGGAAGUGUUCGGCCUAGCAGUAUCAGUUCAACUACAAAUGUUGUUCCGAUUCGUGAAGAUCCCAGUACUUCUGCAUCUUCCUCCUCUUCCAUCUCCAGUCAUUCCCAGAUGAUCACAAGUAUGCAUGUCAAAAGUUCACCUUUGCCGUCACGACCUAGCAGCCAAAAACUUGUGGUUUCUGAAGCAUCUAACAGUAUAGCCUCUGCAGGAACAGUAGGACGAUUUAGCAAUAGUGGCCAAGUAAGUGGCAGUAUUGGUCUAGCUCUUUUUGGAGUGGGAAAUGGCAGCAAAGCUUUGUUUCAAAGCCUUAGAGAUGAAACUGGCUGUUUCUUGUUAUACAUUGUGGAAGAUCAACUACAUGAGGUCGAGCGUGCCUUUGGAGCAGAAUUUCUGACAAGUACAAGAGUUCUUCGUGAGCAAGAUGCUGACAUUGUUCUCAAUGACCAGCGAGUUUCUGGAGUCAUUGUAUGCUGCCCUCCUGAUGAAGCAUUGGAUGUAGUGAUUGAUGCCCUUAGAGCUGGAAAAGGCGUCUUCUGUGAGAAACUUCCAAGUUUUGACAGGCAGACAGCAGAGUCCUGUUUCCAUGAAGCUGAUAGGUGUGGAAGGCCCUUGAUCUGUGGAUUUUACAAACGUUUUGAUCCAGCCCUUCAGUUCUUGUAUAAAAAGGUCCGUGACAACCAGUCUCUGGGGAAGAUUCAUCAGAUCUCAACUGUUAGUAGAAGUUACCCUGCUGUGUCUCUGGAUCAAGUGAAAAAAUCUGGUGGAAUUUUCUAUGAUGUUGCUGUACAUGACAUUGACGUAGUUAGUUGGUUACUUGGUGAAAGUGUGCCUGAUAUUAUAUUUUCACUAGGACAUGCCUUCUGUUCAGAAAUGAACACUCUGAAGGAUGCCGACUUGGCCACCAUCAGCAUGAAGUUCCCCAGUGGAGCUGUGGUUAGCCUAGAUAUCAGCCAGCAUUGUACCAGAAACUGCGAUCAGAGAUUGGAGAUUCAUGGUUCUAAGGGCACAUUACGCAUGGACAAUCAGAACACUCUUGGUAUCUCAGAAUAUGGUACAUCAUCUUCCUUUUGCUCCCAGUCUUUGGCAGAACGAUAUAGAGAUGCGUACCGAAUGCUUGUACGACAUUUCCUCAGGACUAUACAAGGAAAAGAAGCCCCUUUUAUUACCAAAGAACAAUUUUUAUCGACAGUUAAAGUUGCUGCAGCUGCAGAACAAUCAUGGCAAAAUGGUUCGGCAGUUGAUCUGCGUAAUGAAGCCAUGGAUGUUACUGUAAUAAAGACUGAGAUACAGUGAGCUCCAUCCCAGUUGUUGCUGCCACUUUCAUACUUAAUGCACAUUAAUAUUGGUUUCCAGCAUCAACAUUUUAGUCAUCAGGUUCGAAGAGAGGAAGGUAGUGUUGAACAGGUGCUGUGUAAUAGUGUUCUACAGAAUUGAUGAACUUUGUUUCAUUCAGAGUAGGUAACAUAUUGAGAAGUUGCAGACUGAAUGCUCAGCAGGUUUUCUACUUUUUUAUAACCACUACAAAAUGAAGCACAUUAUAUAAAACUGUUGGUUAUUGCCCCGCUUUAUGUACAUUUUGUAUAAUUUGCAUGUGGACGUGCCUGUUUUACUUUCUAAAGCUUUACUUCAUUGUCUCUUGAGAGAGCGAGGGUUGUAUACUCCCCUCUUUAAACUGGUUUAGGAUUAUCUGUACAUUACAGUGAUGUUCUUUUAAUGCUUUCUUGUUUUUCCAGCAACCUGUAAUACCAUCUUCGUUGGACUUUUUUUCAAGCACUGAGUUGUUGGUGGGGGACUCUCUAAUUUUGUGACUCAAUUUCAGCAAAAUAUGAUGCUAGUGGCACUUAUUUUAGAGUUACUGUAAAUUAUAUAUAUAAAUAUGCGUGUGUGUAUAAAUUGCCCUAGCCUUUUAAAUCUUUUUUAUUAAUCUAACAUUUCCUUAUUUUACUGAAAGCAAGACUUUUUAAAAGUAAUUUCUUUCAUUCUGUUAAUUGCAUCAAUCUCUGCUAAUGCUAAAACAUUGAGUAAAAAUCAGAGAUUUACUGCAAGAUUAUAGUUUUGUCUAAAAUGUCUAGCUUUUAGUUGGAUGAGGCUUUUUUCCAGUUUAAUCACACAGAAGCUAGGUUGCUUAAUGUUAUACUGAGUAAUUGGACAACACAUAGGAAAAUAAGUAAUAAGUGAAUAGUUUCAGAAAAUACUGUUAUUUCUGAUGCUAUUUUUUAUGCAUUAGAAUGUGAGCACCUGAGACCUCUUGAACGCUCGAUGGAUACUGCUUUUCAGUUAAACUUAGGUCAUUUUUGGCCAGUUUGUAUGCAGGCAUAUAUUUCUUACUACUUGCAAUGCAAUGUUUCUUCAUAUUAUAAAAUUAAUUAUUCUGUCUUUUUUAA